GAGGCAGAGCUCCGGAUCGAGUUGACGGAGCGUGGCUCUGAUCUCUGUCAGUUUACUUGAGCUCGCGAGACGGCUCAGCUGCGCCGGUCAGAGAGCAGAAAACAGACUUUACAUGGAGUGACAGGGUCACCAAAAAACAUUACCCACCUCAGACAGCCUUAAACGAACUUUUAAGGUGUUUAUGUCGAGUUUUGUGUCAUUUCCAGGCGAACGAAAUGUCUCAAAGAGUUCGCAGAAACGGAUCUCCGACGCCGAGCUGCAGCGGCGCGAGCGCAGGGAGCCCGAGCGGACCCCCGGGGAUCAGCGCCGCUGGAGGGGGUUUACUGGGUCGCCUGCUGCCCAUGAAAGCCACGGUUCCCUUCCAGCUGAAAACGCAGACACAGCACCCUCUACAGUCACGGACAGUCCUCUCCUCCACCGGUAACGGUAAAUGCCACAGCAGCCGGAGCCCCACGCGAUCCCUCUCCUCCUCUUCUGCAGCCACUUCCUCUGCGACGUGCUCACAGUUCGUCGCUGUUUCCUCCGGUCCCUCCUCAUCUUCUUCUUCUUCACCAUCUUCAUCCUCAUCAAGAACUAGUCCCAUUUUUGCUGUGCACGCGUCAAACCCCAAAGGGUCCCACGCGCAAGUACCUGUGCCAUCCUCGUCAUCAUCAUCAUCACCCUACACAGGUGCGCUCCUGAGCCCCCAGUGCUGCAGCUCGGAUACUUCAGCCCUUACUUCUCAUCUGUCAGCCUCUCCGUCUCAGUCGUCGUCUCCGUGCUCGUGCGCUCACAGGGCCAGACCCCUCCAGACCCCUGAACAUGACAGACUGUCUCCGGAGAGGCUCAGUCCCAGCUCACCUGUCUGCUCAGACAAGCAUAGACUUCCUGUGGCAGGGUCUUGGUGUACCACCAGCAAUAACGGUUGCAUUCGUCGCACCUCCUCUUUGGACACGCUCACAGCCCCUUACCUGUCUGGACACUGGCCCCGGGACGCCAACCACGCCCCUUGUGUCCCUUGCAUGAGGGACAAAUCCACCCAGACCCCCAGCGCCUGGGCCGAUGAAUGCGAAGAGAAGAAGAGGGGCUGUCACAAGCGCUCAGCCUCCUGCGGCAGCUCUGACCAACUAAAAGAGAUUGUGAAGCUGAGACAGCAGCUCCAGCGCAGUAAACACAGCAGCCGUCACCAUCGUGACAAGGAACGCAAAUCUCCCUUCAAUGGCAACCUUGCUGUUUUCAGCCAAUCACAGGCUCCUAUCCCAAAGAAUGUCCUGAUCUCUAUUCCCAUCUCCAAGUCCUCCGUCUCUCGCUUCCGGAACAGCGUGGAGGGGCUGAAUCAGGAGAUCGAGCGCAUCAUUAUCCGAGACACAGGAGACCGAGAGGAGCAGCUUAUUCCUCAGGAAGCUCCGGAUGGGCAUCGGGCUCCUCCUCCUCUCUGCCAACGCAGUGCCAGCUCCCGCAGCAUUGACACACAGACGCCCCUGGGCACCGCAGCGGGCAGUAACCACAGCAACUGCAGCAGCCGCUCUCAGUCCAUCUCACCCACGUUCCUGAACAUGCCAAGUGAGCCCUGCAGCGAUAGUCCAUCUCCCCACGAGGACGAGACUCUGGCUGAUGGCCAUGAGAAAGAUCUGGCCCCCAGCUCACCCCUUCCCAAAUACGCCACAUCCCCGAAGCCGAACAACAGCUACAUGUUCAAACGCGAGCCGCCCGAGGGCUGUGAGCGAGUCAAGGUCUUCACAGAGGAAACACAGGCCAGGCCUCCACGGGAGAUCCCACAGUUCCUGUGCCCAGACAGGAACAAGGUCAAUUUCAUCCCCAAGAGCGGCUCUGCGUUCUGCCUGGUCAGCAUUCCCAAACCGCUGAUGCCCACACAGGAGCUCAACAACCUGAAGAACCAGAGCGCCGCCCAUCUCACGCCCGAACCCGAGCCGAGAGUCUCGCGAAGAACCUGCAUGCUUUCCCAGCAGCCCUCAGGCUCCUCCCCCUCCUCCUGUCUGUCAGAGAGUUAGACACGCCCCUCAACCAGCGUCCCAGAAACUGCGUCCGCAUACCCUGCACAUUUUAAAUAAUCGAACAUGAUUCAAAAAAUAAAAAGAGACUCUUAAAGAACAAAGCGGUUAUUAAUAAUAGCUUACGUUGGGUGCAAAGAUGAAGCGGUUUCCUUUGCUAUGCACAUUUUUAGCUUUGUGCUUGUUCUCAAAGAACAAAAGCCAAUUUUGGGGGGUUUGGGUUUGUUAUAAACCUAUUUAGUUUUUUAUUAUUCCCCUACUGUUCAUAGAUAAUGAGUGAACCUGAGAACAUGUCUCAGAUCACUAUGAAAAUGAAUCUAAAUGAUCUUUCUCAGUACUGAGGUGGCUGCAUGGAUCUGUUUUUGUGAGACACAGUGUAUAUUUUAUAAUAGUUUGCAGUGGAUCGCAUUAUUGAAUACAAAUGAUGCCAUUUCAGAUGAGACCAAGAGACCUGGUAGAGUGAAUUCUGGGUUGAUGAAGGUCUCCGGGACUGAAUUGUUUUCACAGCAGCAGGCCUUCUCUUCUCUGUUCAGUCCUGACAGAAGCAGCAGGGGAACCGGAGGGAACGGUUGGCUUUUUCUCCUUUUCCUUUCUGUCUGGUGGCGAGGAGACCAAAAGGUGCUAAAGAUAAGACUAGCGAGUGUGAGAGAGAACGCUACAGGACGAGUGGCCUGUAAACCCCAUUCUUUUGUUUGCAUAGUUGUAAAAUGCGUUUCAAAUGCCUAUGGGUCCAAACUCUGAACUUCAAACCCAGCAGGGAACAAAGUCAGAGAGCGAGAGGAGGGCAAGAUAGGAUCUGAAUGACAGACGAGAUGUUUUCUCACCUCUCGCAGUGAUCAAGCUGAUUUAGCUCGAGGAAUAUUUGAAAGAAGGACAUAAGUACAAAAUCAACUGCGAAAAUGUAAUGCAUAAAUGUCCAGGCAGUUCACAAUUCAGAUGUCUAUCAAAACAUUCACGAAAUGUUUCCUGUGAUAUCCAAUGAAAGAGCACAAUAUUGUCAUUUGAUUGAUUUAAUGCAUGCAUUCUGGGAAAUUUCAGUCUGUGUGUGUGUGUGCGUGUGUGUGUGUGUAAAUCACUAGUUUCAAGCUAUUAAAAACAGCACAGAUUUUCUCUCCGUUUUAAGUGUCUAAAUGUCAUUUUCAUCAUGGAGCAGACUUUUCCAAAUCUUCCUUAUUGAGCAUCUAGGCUGAUUUCCUAUGCUGUAGUUGUUUUUAUUGUUAUUUUGUACGAAAUCAAGUAGUGUCUGAAGAAAGAUUGUCAUUAUAUGCAGCUCACACAAGUGCUUCUGUAGAUUUGGCCAAAGAGAACACUUCCUGUGACUCAGUGACUGUCAUUGUAGAUGGAGAAAAAUGGAAUUAUAAGGCGACUUAGAGGAACAGUUCACUCAAAAUUGUAUGAUUUUCCCAUCUUCUGUUAAACAUAUAACAUGUUUUGAGAAAUGUCUUAAAAAAAAAAAGUAAAAAAAAAAAAAGUAAAUGGGCAUCAAAACUGUUUAGUUCCCAACAUUCUUCAAAACAUAUUAUUUUGUGUUCCACACAAGAAUGCCACACAGGUUAGUAACGAUGAUGACAGAACGUUCAUUUUUACUGAACUAUCCCUUUAAUGGGCAACAAUAGUAUUAAUGAAACGAUGCGUCAUUCACUUCUAGGAGUAAUUUAGGAUGUUCAGUUUAAAGCAGAAGUGCUGGGGGAAGGUUGUCACGGAUGGUCCACUUGUGUGCAGGGUGAGGUUCCUCAAAGUUGUUUUGUUGGGAGACAUUUUAGCAGAGUUAGUUUUUUCUUGUUCACUCUUGUAAUUAAGGUAUUGUUUUGAGCUUUAAACAACACACAACGUGAACCUGGAAUACUGUAGUGCUUUUUACGCCAGAACAGGUGAAUCAGUACGGGACCUCUGUGUUUGAACUGAAAGAAUCUCACAGCCUGUGAUUGCUAUCGUAGAUCAGUACUCGGGAAUGUAAAAGCAGCAAGCGCUUCUGGCAACGGCACAAGAAUCCAAACAUUUCUUGCUCAAAAACAAACUGAUAACGUUUUAUCAAGCGCUUUGUAUAUCUCCUUAGGAUAUGUAUUGAAGUAGAGAACUCUCUCGCUGUAGGGCCAAUAUUGCUAUACUUUUAUAUGGGUAGUGGUCUACUCUUUGUAAUUAGAGCGGAAUAUCAGAAAUUAUUAAUGUACAGCUUCUUAACGCGGGAACAGUGAUGUAUGAUGGGAUACUGUGUUGGGAUGCUGUCUGUCUCGGUGGAUGUUUAUCCAUGUACACCAUCUCUUGUGUUGUUACGUGUGUAUGGAAAUCAACAGAAUAAAGUUGCACUCGCUCCAAA